CUCCCGCACUUCUGAUCUCGGAACUUAAUAGUGACAUCCGGCGGAAGUAAACAAAACAAUCGCCAGCUUUAGCAGCAUGUAUUGAAUUCGCUAGAAGUUAUUGUAGUCGUAGUGCCGCUAAUUAUUUUACUUGUACUUAAGCAACAAUGUCUUCUGUUGAGAGUUUGAGAGAGUUUGUCAACGAGCGACUAACUGCUGCUGCUGAAGAAAUAUUCAGAGUUUUCAAAAACACUAUCGUCGAGUACGAGGAAGAGAUCGAUCGUCAGCGCAGACUGCUGGAUAUCGUUUGGAAACCCGAAAUAAAGUUACACAGGAUAGAGUUCCCACAGCAACAUGUCUGUAUGGAGGAGGAGGUUCUGGCUGACCAGCAGCUCUGGAUUCAGGAGAGGAUCCCCGGUCUGGACCAGGAGGACCCACAGCCUCCACAGGUUAAAGAGGAACAGGAGGAACUCUGUACCAGUCAGGAGGGAGAGCAGCUUGUAGUGAAGCAGGAGACUGACACCUUUAUGUUGACUCCUACUUAUGAGGAAAGUGACCACAGUGAAGCAGAACUGAAAAGUGACCACCAGCUCCUCUCUCACAACUGUCAUGUAGAGAGCCAAGAUCAGAAAGGAGGCGAGCAUGAAGACUCAGGAUCAACUAGAGAUGCAGAGCCAAAACAAAAGAAUCAAGAUCACAACAGCAGAAGCCCCAGAAACAAUGUACACAAGUCUACCAUGUCAGAGGUUCACCAUGAUCCUCACACAGAGCUCCCACAACAACAUGUCUGUAAGGAGGAGGAGGAGGAGGUUCUGGCUGACCAGCAGCUCUGGAUUCAGGAGAGGAUCCCCGGGCUGGACCAGGAGGACCCACAGGUUAAAGAGGAACAGGAGGAACUCUGUACCAGUCAGGAGGGAGAGCAGCUUGUAGUGAAGCAGGAGACUGACACCUUUAUGUUGACUCCUACUUAUGAGGAAAGUGACCACAGUGAAGCAGAACUGAAAAGUGACCACCAGCUCCUCUCUCACAACUGUCAUGUAGCUGAGAGCCAAGAUCAGAAAGGAGGUGAGCAUGAAGACUCAGGAUCAACUAGAGAUGCAGAGCCAAAACAAAAGAAUCAAGAUCACAACAGCAGAAGCCCCACAAACAAUGUACAUAAGUCUACCAUGUCAGAGGUUCACCAUGAUCCUCACACAGAGCUCCCACAGCAUCAUGUCUGUAAGGAGGAGGAGGUUCUGGCUGACCAGCAGCUCUGGAUUCAGGAGAGGAUCCCCGGUCUGGACCAGGAGGACCCACAGCCUCCACAGGUUAAAGAGGAACAGGAGGAACUCUGUACCAGUCAGGAGGGAGAGCAGCUUGUAGUGAAGCAGGAGACUGACACCUUUAUGUUGACUCCUACUUAUGAGGAAAGUGACCACAGUGAAGCAGAACUGAAAAGUGACCACCAGCUCCUCUCUCACAACUGUCAUGUAGCUGAGAGCCCAGAUCAAAAAGGAGGUGAGCAUGAAGACUCAGGAUCAACUAGAGAUGUAGAGCCCAAACAAAAGAAUCAAGAUCACAACAGCAGAAGCCCCAGAAACAAUGUACACAAGUCUACCAUGUCAGAGGUUCACCAUGAUCCUCACACAGAGCUCCCACAGCAACAUGUCUGUAAGGAGGAGGAGGUUCUGGCUGACCAGCAGCUCUGGAUUCAGGAGAGGAUCCCCGGUCUGGACCAGGAGGACCCACAGCCUCCACAGGUUAAAGAGGAACAGGAGGAACUCUGUACCAGUCAGGAGGGAGAGCAGCUUGUAGUGAAGCAGGAGACUGACACCUUUAUGUUGACUCCUACUUAUGAGGAAAGUGACCACAGUGAAGCAGAACUGAAAAGUGACCACCAGCUCCUCUCUCACAACUGUCAUGUAGCUGAGAGCCCGGAUCAAAAAGGAGGUGAGCAUGAAGACUCAGGAUCAACUAGAGAUGUAGAGCCAAAACAAAAGAAUCAAGAUCACAACAGCAGAAGCCCCAGAAACAAUGUACACAAGUCUACCAUGUCAGAGGUUCACCAUGAUCCUCACACAGGUAAAAACUCUUUCACAUGUGACACAUGUGGAAAAGGUUUUCAGCACAAGUCAAAAUUUCAGAGACACCUGAGAAUUCACACAGAUGAGAGGCCGUAUUCAUGCAAAACAUGUGGGAAAUCUUUUAGCCGAAGGAGUGGCUUGAAAGUCCAUAUGAGAAUCCACACAGGUGAGAAGCCAUAUUCUUGUCACACAUGUGGGAAAGACUUCCGAACCAGCGAACAAUUGCAACUCCAUAUGAGAACCCACACAGGCGAAAAGCCGUAUUCUUGCGAAACAUGUGGGAAAUCUUUUAGCCAGAGGAGUAACUUGAUAGCCCAUCUGACAACCCACACAGGUGAGAAGCCCUAUUCUUGUGAAACUUGUGGUAAAGACUUCAGAACCAGCGAUCACUUGCUUCUUCACAUGCGAUCCCACACAGGUGAGAAGCCAUACCUUUGCAAAACCUGCGGUAAAAGAUUCCGUGACACUUCAGCAUUUAAAGAACAUACGAGAACCCACACAGGUGAGAAGCCGUAUUCUUGCAAAACAUGUGGGAAAGCCUUCAGAACCAGCAGUCAGUUGCAAAUCCAUAUAAGAAUCCACACAGGUGAGAAGCCGUAUUCUUGUGAAACAUGUGGGGAAACUUUCAGAGUUAGUAGUCAAUUGAAAAUCCACAUAAAAAGAAAACACAAAAAGAUGUGUUGAUGCCUCUGAUUUGACACGGCACAGAAGGCAGCAUACAGACAAGUAAUCUUGUGGGAGACAAUUCAUUUCUAGAAGUUUGUGGUCAAAACACAAGAACUUACAAAAGUGAAGAGCUGCAUAAUUGCAGCACUUGUGCUAAAAGUUUUAAUGAAAUCACAUACUCAAAACUCCCGAGGAUCAAUAUACUUCUAUGGUAAUGAAGUAUUUUGAGCACUAUGUCCUGUCCCACUUCAAGUCCACUACAGACCCACUCCUGGACCCCCUGCAGUUCACCUACAGAGCCAAUAGGUCUGUGAACAAUGCAGUAAACAUGGCCCUUCACUAUACCUCCAGCAACUGGACUCCUCAGGAACCUACGCCAGGAUCCUGUUUGUGGAUUUCAGCUCUGCUGCUCUCCCAGCUGAGCAUGCCUGACGCCACCUGCAGGUGGUUCACAGACUUCCUGUCUGACAGGAAGCAGCACGUGAAGCUGGGAAAACAUGUCUCUGACUCCAGGACCAUCAGCAUCGGUUCACCUCAAGGCUGCGUUCUUUACCUUCUGCUCUUUUCUCUGUACACUAAGAGCUGCACCUCCAGUCACUAGGGGUGUAACGGUAUACAAAAAUCUCAGUUCGGUACGUACCUCGGUUUUGAAGUCAUGGUUCAGUUUAUUUUUUAAAUAAUUAUAAAUUGCUGCUGGUUUAUUAUGAAGUUUUGUAAACAUCCAAAUUAGUUUGCAAUUUUUUAAACAAACUUCCAAAUUACACAUAAUGAAGAAAUUAUUUAAAAUAAAAAAGAAUAAGAAAUAAAAUACUGCUGCAAACUACUAACAAGUUCUUCUCUAAAUAAAUAUUCUCAAAACAAUACCACAUAUAGCUAAUAAAAUAUAAUAAAAAAUAUAUAAUAAUAUGGAUUCCACUGCAGCAUUCUUCUUCUUCUUCUUCUUCUUCUUUUAUUCCGUCUAUGAGCAUUAUCAAUCCCAGCUUGACGGCUUGUUAAGAUAAAAAAAAUAACUUUUCUGUUUAAAUAUUGAAAGGCGUUUGCACUGUGCUCGUUUUUGUUUUUUUCCCUUGUUGCAGUGACGUUCUCAUUCGUGUGAUACCAUAAGUGAGUUAGCAAGUUUGACGUGUUGGUAGAAACAUAACCGAUCACUACUGAGAAAUGUCGGCCUGCUGCCUUCGUCUUAUCGACUUGUACGUUGUUGUAUUUCACUAGGAAACUGAAGUGUUCCCAAACAGAACAGGUUAACAAUAAGGGAGGGUCCUAAAGCUCUGGCUUCUCUGCACUGGCCAUGAUGCUCAAGUCACUAGUUAGCGAGAGGCUGGGCCAAAGCGUGCUGCUUGUGUAGCGCUGUAAGGCAGAGAUUUGGUCCACCACUAAAUAUGUCCGUGUAGAAACUCGGAAUUUACUUAUGUUCCACACACAAAACAAGCCUAGUAUAUGACGUUAAAGACUGCAUUCGGUGCACAUGUGCACUGUUCCAAACGUUCUGUACUGAAACGGUCUGGUACGAAUACAUGGACCAUUACACCCCUACGGGUCACCAGUCCGUCAAGCUCCUGAAGUUUGGGUGAAGACAUCAUGACUAUUAGUCCGCAGCAGAGAUAAGGGCGGAAAAGGAGAAGUGGAAGGACCAAACAUGAACAUAUCCUCACCGCCACCCAGUACAUACACCAGCACACACAAUUACACCUAAUGACAACAUAAAGAGAGAAAAUAGAAAGGAGUCGGAUAUAGACUGGCGACACCAAAAAGAGACUUCAGAGUUUUCUUCAGUGGCUAUUGUGCGGCAGAGGAUAACCACUCCUAAAACAUCUGAAGAAUUAUUGGACUCUGAAGUUUCUGUUGUUCAAUUGCAUCAUAGACUGAGGACUUUCUGAGACAUUCUGAGGGCUUUGGACAAAGCCUCAAGUUUCUACAGUAUUCCACAGCUCCACAGAAGAGGGAUAGAUCUGCUAACCGGACAACUCCUUCGCCUCCUCUCUCCAGCAAGAAGACCUCCAAAUUAUGCAAGCUCAGCUAUUUUAAUCAGGUUUUGAAUUCUAGACAUUUUAUCAUUUUCAUCCAUUUUAAGUUGUCCAGUAUAAGUUGUAUCCUUAAUUUUGGAAUAAAAAUAGAAUCACUACAUUUAAAGUA